AUGGGGCCAUGCCCUGUGUCCUUCCCCUUCCAGGUGGGCCAGCUGCCCCGCCUGCCGAAAGUGAAAAAGAAGUGGCUCUUCCCAGCUUCCUGCAGCUUCUUCUUCCUGCUCUCUGUGGUUAUGGCUGGCUGCUUCCUGUGGCAGUACCACCUCCCCAAGCUGAAGACCAGUUCCCUGGGACCAGAGGUGACUUCUGCCCCUGUGAGGAUGUGUCCCCGGCACCCGGAGCCUGUGCCCCUGACCCACCCCCUCCCUGUGUUGAAGGAGGCCCUGGAAAAGGUGGACCGGAUCCUGCAUCAGGCGCUGUCUGCCCCGGGCCUGGCUGCCAUGUCUGCAGUUGUCAUCCACAAUGACACUGUGCUCUGGACUGGGAACUUUGGGAAGAAGAAUGGCUCAGACCCAGCCUCUGGGCCCCCCAAUGAGUACACCAUGUACCGGAUCUCCAGCAUCUCCAAGAUCUUUCCAGUCCUCAUGCUGUACCGGCUGUGGGAGGAGGGCAUCGUGGCCUCCCUAGAUGACCCUCUGGAGCGUUAUGCCAGCACCUUCAGCAUCAACAACCCACUGGGCCUGGCAUCGGCCCCUGCACAGAGCCUGAUGGACAGGCUAGAGGAGGUGGGCCCAGCCCCAAGGCCUUCGCCGGUCACCCUCCGAAGGAUGGCCAGCCAGCUCUCAGGGCUGCCCAGAAGGCUCCGCUCGACUUCGCUGCUGUGGAGGGGCAGCACCCAGGAGGCCCUGAGCCUACUCAAGGAUGACGUACUGGUGGCAGACCCGGGAACCAGGUGCCAUUACAGCACGCUGGCCUUCUCGCUUCUGGCCCAUGUCCUGGCAGCGCACACUGCUGAGGGUGACUACCAACGCUGGAUCUCGGAGAACGUGCUGGAGCCGCUGGGGAUGGAGGACACGGGCUUCGACCUCACGCCCCUCGUGCGCGCCCGCCUGGCGGCUGGCUUCUACGGCAGCGGGCGGCCCGCGCCGCUCUACGACCUGGGCUGGUACCGGCCGUCCGGCCAGAUGUACUCCACCCCCGCCGACCUGGCCAAGCUGGCCAUGGUGCUCCUGGGCAGCGGGCCCCAGCGGCUCCUGCGGCCCGACGCGGCCAAGACCCUGCUGGCGCCGCUGCUGGCCUGCUCGGGCGCCUACUUCGCCAACGAGACGGGCACACCGUGGGAGUUCCACGCGCAGCGGGGCUACCGCGUGGUGCGCAAGGACGGCGACCUGGACGGCUACGCCGCCACCUUCUCCCUGGUGCCGCCGCUGCGCCUGGGCCUCGUGCUGCUCCUGGCCGGGCCGCGGCCCCCCGGGCGCGACCUGGUGGCGCAGUCAGUGAAAGGCCUGAGGAGCAAAACUGCGGCUCUCAACGAAGAAGGCAUCCGCCUCUGGAUGCGGCAUCGGCUCCUGCCCGAGAGUUUCCAGCCUGCCAGCCUCCCUGCAGACUUUGGAUUUGCCAGCCAAAUCAUGUAA